CGUCGGCAGGCUGGCUCGGCCAAUCGGUAGCGCGCCGCUGGCCGGGCGUCGCGAAGCUGCUUUAUCGCGGCCGCCGCCAGCUGCGCCCCCCCCGCCUCCCGGACAGGCCGCUCCGGUACCCGCCUUGUGAGGGGCGGCCCCGCCGCGGGAGGUGGAAGGGGGGGGAAGAGAGAGAAGCGAGAGGAAGUGGGCAGCAAAAACGGGAGCGGCCCACGUGAUGGGCUGCUGUAGCCAAUGAAGACGGCAGGAGGUUGCGCGUGGCAGGCGAAGGCCGCAGGAGCCGCGAGCGGGGCGCGUGGGCCGGGGUGUUGCUCGGUGCCCCGUGCCGCGUGGAGCCGGCGGCAGGAGGCAGAAUGGUGAACGCACAUAGAAGACUGUCAGAACCGUGUAGAAUUUGCAUUUGAUUUGAGACCUUGUAAGAGUGCUUAUCAUGGAGAAACAGCAGAUUGUCUUGGGUAGCCGGGAUGGUGGGACUGUGUCUGGUGCAGCACCUGCUUUUUUUGUCAUCUUGAAACAACAGCAGGGAAACGGUAAAGCUGACCAAGGAAUCCUGGUAGCAAACCGUGAUGCUUGUGCUCUUGCCAGCAGUGUAUCAACUCCAAUAAAAUCUAAAGUCAAGACCUGCCUUCCAGCUGACUGUGUCUCAGGGGGCAUUACCGUCACCCUAGAUAACAACAGUAUGUGGAAUGAAUUCUACCAUCGCAACACAGAGAUGAUUCUGACAAAGCAGGGGAGGCGCAUGUUCCCGUACUGCCGAUACUGGAUUACAGGUCUGGAUGUCAGUCAGAAGUACAUCCUAGUCAUGGACAUAUCCCCUGUGGACAAUCACCGCUACAAAUGGAAUGGCCGUUGGUGGGAGCCCAGUGGGAAGGCAGAACCACAUGUUCUUGGGCGAGUGUUUAUUCAUCCAGAAUCCCCUUCCACUGGCCAGUACUGGAUGCACCAGCCAGUAUCCUUUUACAAACUCAAACUUACCAACAAUACCCUGGACCAGGAGGGUCAUAUAAUCUUGCAUUCUAUGCACCGUUAUCUGCCGCGGCUUCACUUGGUGCCUGCAGACAAAGCCACAGAAGUCAUUCAGCUCAAUGGCCCUGAUGUCCAUACGUUUACCUUUCCACAGACAGAGUUCUUCGCCGUUACAGCUUACCAGAACAUCCAAAUUACCCAGCUGAAAAUAGAUUACAAUCCUUUUGCUAAAGGAUUCAGAGAUGAUGGGUUGAAUAGUCGACCUCAGCGUGAUGUGAAACAAAACAGUAACUUAGAAUUUGAAGGAGGUGAUGUUUUUACCGCUGCUAGCAUUCGUGGUCGCCCUGCUGAAGUUGAUGCAUUAGAUUUGCAUCAGAGAAGUUUAGAUUCUUCAUUCAUUGGUCAAAACCCAUCAGACCUUGAUUUAGAAAAAGUGUCCUUUAAUGCAGAAAGGGACUUCCUGGGUUUCCUGGACAGUGACCUGUCUUCUGGUGAUAUGCCAAAGCUAAAACAAGAAGUCUCUGAAAGUCCUAUUGCUAGCAGUUACGAAAGCAGUUCCCGUGUGGCAUCCCCGUUGGACCCAAAUGGACACUUUAAUGUAGUCAUUAAAGAAGAACCAGUAGAUGACUACGACUAUGAGUCAAGUAUUUGCACACAAGGAGUAAGUGUGAAACAGGAAGACACAGAUGAAGAAACUGAUGAGUAUUCCAACACUGAUGAUGAUGAUCCCAUCCUACAAAAACACCUGAUGAGGCGCAGUGAAACAGAUGGAAUUGAUGGAGAAUUCAGGUCCAGGAAGCGUGUGCUAACCAGUCCUUCAGGUGUUGCCAAAGCAAAAAUGUUAAAACUGGACAGUGGGAAGAUGCCCGUGGUCUAUUUGGAACCUUGUGCAGUCACAAAGAGCACAGUGAAGAUAUCUGAGCUGCCACAGACCAUGCUUUCCUCUUGCAAGAAAGAUAAAUCCCCUUUGAGUACAAUACUGGAUUCUUUGCCUGUGUGUUUUGAAAAUCACAAAGGCUCUUGCUCAGGCACAGCCACGGUAGCUGAGGAAUUAGUUAUGAAAAAACAGUCUCCUGGGAGUAAAAUGUCACAGAAAUACUCUUCAAUCAGAGAGGCCCAGUGGGCUCUAUCUAAAUCACCUAAUUUUAAUCUCAGGGGCUCAGUAAGUUGUCACUUUUCAGCUAGAGAGAUCUGUGGAAGAAAAAGGCCUGGCAUACUGAAGAACCCUAUGUCCUUGAAAGGCUCUGGUAGCAAUCAAAACACCCUAUCCUCAGUUACAACUAAAAGAGGAAGGCCACGGAAACUCAAAAUUUCCAAGGCUGGUCGACCACCUAAAGGUAUAGGGAAAACUGUAAUAACAAGCAAGAACACCUCUCUGGGGCCUGGGAGUGUCCUUCCAGAUGUUAAGCCGGACCUUGAAGAUGUUGAUGGAGUCCUUUUUGUGUCCUUUGCAUCAAAGGAAGCUCUUGACAUUCACACUGUUGAUAGAGCUGGAGGAGAAGAGUCGCAGAAUCUUCAGACUCCCUUGUUGACUACAAAUGAUCCAGAUUGUCAAGCAAGAAUACAAGUACUGGAAAAGGAAUUGAUGGAAGAGCUGAAGACCUUGAGGCAUAAGCAAGUAAUACAUCCUAGCCUUCAGGAAGUGGGACUGAAGUUGAAUUCUGUGGACCCAACAAUGAGCAUUGACUUGAAAUACUUGGGGGUGCAGCUUCCUCUUUCCUACUCAAAUUACUCUUUGUGGAGCUAUCCAGGAACCAAUCCCAAUUCUCCAGAUACCGGAUUUCCUUUUGUUUCCAGGACAGGGAAGACAAAUGAUUUCACAAAAAUCAAAGGCUGGCGAGGGAAGCUUCAUGGUGCCUCUAGAAAUGAAGGUGGCAGUUCAGAAGGUUCCUUGAAGAAUCGCUCAGCAUUCUGUAGUGACAAGCUGGAUGAGUACCUGGAAAAUGAAGGGAAGUUGAUGGAAACAAGUAUGGGGUUCUCUUCUAGCACUCCCACUUCUCCUGUGGUAUAUCAGCUUCCCACUAAGAGCACUAGCUAUGUGCGAACACUCGACAGUGUUUUAAAGAAGCAGUCCACCAUAAUUCCAUCAACAUCUUAUACAUUCAAGCCUGUUCCUCUGUCAUCUACCUCUAGGAAGACAAGGAAUCAAAACAGACAGACAUCUACAAACAGUAGAGUAAAAUCAUCUUACAAGCCUAUACUGCCUUCACCUUUUUCUGGAAAGCAAAAACAGAACUCUUCAGCAUCAGGGGAAAAGGCUUCUAAGUCUGUCUCAAAUAGCAGCGUGACUAACCAAGCAGAUAGUUUCAUGGUGCCAGCUCUGGAUGAAAACAUACUUCCAAAACAGAUUAAUUUGCGCCAAGCACCACAACAGCAUCAAGCAACUCGUCCACCAGGUUUGUCUAAAUCUCAAGUGAAGUUAAUGGACUUGGAAGACUGUGCUCUCUGGGAUGGCAAGCCACGGACCUAUAUUACGGAAGAACGAGCAGACAUCUCUCUGGCAACCCUGCUUACAGCUCAGGCUUCUCUCAAAAACAAACCUAUCCACAAAAUAAUAAGACGACGAGCACCUCCUUGCAAUAAUGAUUUCUGUCGACUGGGUUGCAUCUGUGCCAGUUUAGCACUGGAGAAACGUCAGCCUACCCACUGCCGCAGGCCAGACUGUAUGUUUGGUUGUACUUGCUUGAAGAGAAGAGUGUUGCUGGUGAAGGGAGGAUCAAAACAUAAGAAAAUAAUGAAAAAGGCUGUUCGUGGAAAUCUUGUGUUCUAUGGAACACAAGAAGAACAGCAAGAGGAUGAAGAUGUGGAAGAAGAGGGUGAUGGGGAGGAAGAUGAACUGAAGCAGAAAGAUAAGAAGAGAAAAAGGGUGGAAUACACUAUCUGUGACUCAGAGCCAGAACAGCCCAUUAGGAAUUGUCCAUUGUGGGUGAAAGUAGAAGGUGAAAUAGAUCCAGAGCCAAUUUACAUCCCAACACCAUCUGUUAUUGAACCAGUUAAGUCUACGGUACAGCCUAACCAUGAAGUCUUGCUUUCUAGUAAGCAUAGAUCUUCCAGUGGAAUGAAACAAGGCAGAGUGUAUACUCCUAAACCCAAUCCAGUGAUUCGAGAGGAAGACAAGGAUCCUGUCUACUUGUACUUUGAAAGUAUGAUGACUUGUGCAAGGGUCCGAGUAUAUGAACGCAGGAAGGAGGAGAAGAAGCAACAAAAAGACAAAAGUGAUUCACAGAGUUCUAGUAUAAAGGAGCAUGAACCAGAGCUUCAGUCUCCUGAGAAAGCAACCUGUGAGAUAGACAGAGACACUGAUAAAUCAGGAGAGAAAAGCUGGUGGUCUUCCCGUAGUGAGGGGGACUCUUCCUCCACCUCCUAUGUUCAUCACACCACUCCAGGUGGACCAACCAAACUUAUCGAGAUUAUCUCUGACUGCAACUGGGAGGAAGAUCACAAUAAGAUCUUGACCAUCUUAUCACAGCAUAUCAACAGUAACGCGCCACAGUGCCUCAAAGUGGGUAGCUUCAUAAUUGAAUUGGCUUCGGAACACAAGGCCCAGGAUGAGAAGAACCACCCUCCUGUCUACUCCUCCAGAGUGAAAAUUUCAGUGCCGUCCUACCAGGACAAGGACGAGAAGCCUGAGAUACCUGUCUUGGAGACUCCUGAUAGCGGAGUGCCAUCACGCAAAACCCCAGAAAAUCUAAAGUUCUUGCGGGCAGACACAUUGGACAAACUGCAGGAGAAGUUGCAUGGGGGCAAAGGCUUGCCUUUUUAUGCAAGGGUUUCUCCUGCGGGAAAGCUGGUCGUCUACAAACGCAAAGCUAAUAUGAACCCCUCAGGCUUGAUUCAGGUUAAUGAUAAAAGGUAUCCUCAGGCCAAACUGCUUUUGGGACAGAUGGGGGCAUUACAUCCCGCCAAUCGGCUAGCAGCUUAUAUCACAGGCAGGCUGCGACCCACAGUACUUGAUAUUUCAACCCUCAGUACUGUGAUCUCCAAGGUAGCAUCCAGUGCUAAAGCAGCUGCUUCUGGGACACCAUCAGUCCAGGUGCCCACAACAUCAACUCCCAAAACUACAUCUUCCACCAGCACUACUUCAACCCCCACUGUGACGACUCUGAAAACCCAUGUCCCAGCACAGAGACAGAUAGCUGCCCGACCCUCACCUGGUGGUGUGUUCACACAGUUUGUGAUGAACAAAGCCGGAGCUCUACAGCAGAAGAUUCCUGGAGCAAGCACACGCCAGCCUCUGUCGGGGCCACAGAAGUUCAGUAUCAAGCCUACACCAAUAAUGGUUGUCGCUCCCGUGGUUCCCUCAAGGCCAUCUCCAGCUCAAUGCACAGUCUCUCCUGUGGUCACUACAGCCACCACCACUUCUACAGUUACUGUGGAAAGUACCAGUGUGACAGCAUCUACUCUGACUGCUCCCACCCAAACAAGAGCUACUGAACCUGCCUGUUCUCCUCCUGCACUUACAGUCACAGCUGCUCCUGCAACACCUGGAAUCAACACCUGUACUACUCCCUCAUCCACCACUCCUAUUGCCACUGUGAACAUAACAAAAGCAACAGGGAUUGUUGCACCAGUAGCAACCACGUCAUUCCCUAAAACUGUAGUAACACCACCAACUGUUACUUGUCCUCUUGUCACAACAUCCACUUCUACAGUUGUACUAACAACAACUGCAACAGCCACAUCUGUGGUGACCACACCAACUUCCUCUGCUGGCUCUGUUCCAGUUAUACUAUCAGGAGUUAAUUCAAGUCCUUCACUGAAUCCAAAAAGAGAAGAUGCUACUCCACAAGCUAUAAGCAAGACUCCCCAGAAGAUGUCUCCUGGAACAGAGAAACACGUAGGACCUCGAUUGUUGCUGAUUCCAGUGCAUCAGACAUCUCCCACUGUGCGACCGCUGAACAACACACAGCUUGCUCAGAGGCAGAGGAUGAUCCUUCAGCCUCUCAGGAGCCCUGGUGGUGUAAACCUGUUCAGACAUCCUAAUGGGCAGAUAAUUCAGCUUGUCCCUCUGCAUCAGUUUCGAGCUGCAGGUGCCCAGCCUAGUGUGCAGCCAGUGAUGCUCCACAAUCCAGGAUCUGUUGUAGGAAUCCGGUUGCCUGCACCUUCAAAGCCUCCUGAGUCACCUGUGUCUCCCACUUCUGUGUGUUCCACUUCUCCUGCCACCAAUUCAGGUGUACAAACUGCAGGACCCAAGUUAUCCCCUACAUCUAACCUAGCCACUCAAGCAUCUUCUCUUCUUCCUUCAGUAACAAGUUUUGUGUCACAGGCAGGCACACUGACUCUGAGGAUCUCUCCUCCUUCUGCUAGCAGUGUGACAAAUCAAACAGCUUCCGAGUCUAAAAUAACCUGCAGUUCAGGUGGUCUUCCAGCUACCACUGCUAAUCUCAUACCUUUACAAUCUGGUAGUUUUGCUUUACUUCAGCUCCCAGGACAGAAGACUGUGCCAAACUCCAUUCUUCACCAUUUUGCAUCUCUUCAGAUGAAGAAGGAUUACAGGAAAAUAUGCAAGAAAGAGGACUUGGGUGCUACUCAGCAGAAGGAGAAUGGAAGUGCUUCACGCUCAGAUGACAUUGAAGUUACAGAGUCCGAGGUCACAGUGUCAGAUGGGAAACAAGAAGAAAAUGAGUUAUCAGUUAACCAGUCAAAUGACGUUGAAGAGUCAGCUUCUGGCACAGUCACACCUGAUAGAAAUUCUGCUACAUUAGAGAUGGUGGAGAAGGACUCGAAGGUGCUAGAGUGUUCCUGUGAUGAUAGCUGCUCUUCUCAGCAUGAUGUUUCUGCAGAUGUCAUAUCAUCUGACCAUUCGUACAUCAGUGAGAAGCCAAAUGAUGAGGAAGAAAAAGGAGCCUCUGAGGAGAAAGAGGAUUCUGUCAGUUCUGAAGCUGUAGCAGAGGCUGUUUCAACUAACUCUGAAACUGUUGGUAGGUCAUCAGAUCAGUGUGCAGUUGCUCCUCUGGGUAAUACACAUCUUGAGAAUCAGGAGAUUGCACAGUUGAAGAACCAUGGGAAGGAACAAAUACGUGCUGAAAAGAAAGAGAAACCAGUAAAAGAGCAGGAAGGAGAUGUACAGACACAGAUAAAGGAGGACAACAAGGCAAGUUCGGGGCAGUCACAGAGUCAACAAGAGCAAGAUAGACAGCUGGAGAAUAAGAAGGAACAGAGAGGGACUGAACUGUCUCAGAACAAACAAGAAUGCCAAGGUGAUGCUGUGCAGCCAGAUAGAGAAAGGAAGGGCUCUGCAGAAGCAGAAGGCAAAAGAGAGAAAAAAGAAAAUAAGUCUGAGAUCAGUUCUGUAAAAGAGCAGGGUAAUACUUCAGGAGAAGAGCAUACAGUCAAUACUAAGGAAGGCAAAGGAAACACAGCUAGGCAGGAAGGCAGCAACAACAAAGAACAAGAUGCUUUUGAUUCUCAGGAAGAAAUGAAAAGAGGUCAUGAUAUUGUAACGCACGUCAACAGUUCUUGGAGCAAAAUAUCUAGCAUUGUACCGACUUUAGAAAAUAAAAGCGAGGCGAAUAACAAAGCUGAGUCAUCUGAGAAAAGUGACUUCCUGACACCAGAACAGAAGUCACAGGAAGCUGGACAUCACAACAAGGGUUACAUGCCCACUAUUGAUAUAACUUCUGAUGAUAUGGAAGAGGAAGAAGAGGAAGAUGAUGAGGAGGAUGAAGAGGAUGAAAAAACUGAUGAUUCUGCUGAUGAGAUGCUAGAUGGUGCUUCUGACUUCCCAAGUGAAGAGGAAGUAGAUGUGGAAAAAGUGGAUGCGUGUGAAUACAGUGAGGAUGACGAGCAGGUGGACAUUGAGACCGUGGAGGAGCUUUCAGAGAAGAUUAACAUUGCCCGUCUGAAGGCCACAGCUGCUAAUAUCCGACCUUCCAAGCAGAAAUACCAUGCUCGUAAUUCUUCGGAUGAAAAAUUAUCAGAAAAACCUACGAAGCGGAAACAUCGAUUCUGGAACAGAAAGCUGAAGACUGAGGCAGAAGCCUUUGCUCAUUACCGCCAGACACACACAGCAAAUGAACGCCGGCGACGCAAUGAAAUGAGAGAUCUCUUUGAAAAGUUGAAGAGAGCUCUGGGGUUACACAACCUUCCCAAGGUCUCCAAAUGCUACAUUCUCAAGCAAGCCUAUGAAGAAAUCCAAGGAUUGACUGAUCAGGCAGAUAAACUUAUUGGACAGAAGAACUUACUGACACGCAAACAAGAUGGUUUGAUUCGAAAAGUAUCCACGCUUUCAGGGAAGACAGAAGAGGUUGUCCUGAAGAAGCUAGAAUAUAUUUACGCCAAACAAAAAGCAGUUGAAGCACAAAAAAAGAAGAAACAAGCUGAGCCAGAGGAAACCGUUGUAACCUCAACUGCUAGCACACAGCAAGAAGGAUCUUCUGCUCCCUCCAGAGAGCUGGCCCAAAUGUCAAUGACAAAUAGAAGAGGCAAGCCAUUGAUACUUGCCAGAAAAGGAGUCCGUGCCACAGAGGACACCUCAUCUUCUCUUACACUAACUGCUGCAAGCCUAGUGAUGACCCCACAGGGGCAGGUGCUUACACUGAAGAGCCCGCUGGUACGAGGGCAGGUAGCAGCUGUUCCUUCCACACUAUUGCAGGCUGAAUUAAAACCUCAAGCUGUCAAUACUGCCAUGACAGCACAGCCAGGUAUUGCUUCUGUGAUGAUUCAGCUGCCAGGAUCAACAGUUCCUGUCCAAGUAAAAGGAAUCCUUACUAACUCUACCAUUCCCAUUACACUGUCAACUGUUGCUGGAAACCCAGUGCCCUCCACAGUAGUAUCAGCUACAGAACCCCAUUCAGAAAGCGAAGAUUCAUUCAUGAUGCCAAAGAUUGUUAAUGUGACAUCACUGGCUGCUGAGGGAAGCAUGAGUCUAAACCUGAACAGAAGCAAAAAUUCUAAUAUAACGACAGCUGCAAGUACUCAGGCUUCUGAGAAAUCCUUGGCUGUAGCACCCCUUGAAAGUAGGAAGAAUGAUAGCAUCCUUUCAGAAGAAAAAGCCAAACCAUGUCCUGGAGACAGUGGUGGAGACGGAAGAAAUACCACAGGUCCCAAAAAAGUUUUCUUUGAAAAUAAAGAUGGCUUUCCACAGCUCCAGAACGUAUCGUGUCCAAAGGAACCUCCCGAGUCCUUCAGCAAAAAGCUCUGCAUUGGUGAGUUUGUAGGGAGCCAAGCCAGGAGGAAAGAUGGUGAUCCUGGAGGGGAGAGAUUAAAAUCUAAAGAAUUCCCAUUCCGCAAGCUGCAGAUCAAAGAUUCCAGGAUAGAAAUGGAAUUGAGGAAAGUGGCGUCCGCAAUGGAGGAAGCGGAACUCGAUGCAAGUGAGUUACUGAGCAGCAUUGAGGAGAGUGAUGACACGGAUGAAACCCUCACUUCGUUGCUCAAUGAGAUUGCCUUCCUCAAUCAGCAAUUGAAUGAUGAUGCUUCAGCUAUGUCAGAACUGCCCAGCACUCUCAACUCAGAUUUCUCUCGUGAAGAUGCAAAAGCUCAUCGGGGAACUGCCAGUGAUCUCACUGCUGCAGAUGGGUCUUCCUUUCAGUUUGGCCAUUUGGGAGGCAGUUUUAAGGAUCUUUCUGAAGUUCCCGAGGGUGGUGGCUCUAUAAGCCCUCUGCUGCUUCACCUGGAAGAUGAUGACCUUACUGAUGGGGACAAGAACUCCGGGGAGCCUUCAUCUGAAGCAGAUGUUUUAAAGAUAGUAAUAGGUGCUGAAAUGAAGGAUCCACUUCCCAAUCUGUCUGUAACCAGUGGUGGGAAUGGCAAAACCGUAACGACCUUGGCAGAGACCACUAAUGUGACUCCACCAGUUUUGCAGAUGAAGACUAAUCCAGAAGCGAGUAAUGCUGACACUUUGUGGAGGCCCAUGCCCAAGCUGGCACCGCUUGGCUUAAAAGUGGCAAGUCUGCCAGUGGACUCGGAAGGGCAGAGUAAUAAAGUGAUGCCCUUGUUGGCACCUGUAGUUGCAAAACUGGCACCCAGUGGGGUAAAAACUUCAUUACCUGUAACCGUUCAAGAAGGACAAGAUAAUAAAGUGAUGCCCACGUUAGCACCUGUGGUUACGAAACUGAAUACUACUGGGACCUUGCCUUCCAAUUCUGCUGGCAAAUAAAUGCAUAUAUUUUUUAUCAGAGACUGGAAUGGAGAUCCAGAGCAGUGUGAACCAGUGUCGGAGUUCAGCAACCUCCCUUGUCUGCAAUGCUCGUUUUCCGUUUGACAGCAGCACUCUCUUCAUCUGAGGGCAGGCCCCAAAUUGAGAAAUAAGUGCUAUGAAACUUUAAGCAUGUUGACAUAUUUUUACCUCACUGUUAUAUUCUGGUUGUUCUUCCCCAUCACAAGCCAAGGAAGAUGAUCUAUAACCAUUGCUGGGCACAUGGUAUCCUUCUAAAAUUGAGUCCUUCACAGAAAUAGUUUGUCAGACUGAGAAACUUAGGCUAUUGAAAGAGAUUUCUUCCCCCCACCCCCCCAGUAGGAAGGCAACUGUCUUACUGGGGAAAAAAAUCUGGAUUACUUGGUUUUUGUACCAGGCAAAUUAUCUAUGCAGAAAUGGGAUUGUUCACAUUUGCUGUUUUUAAUGUUUGCAGAAUAUGAUGAAUGUGCAGAGAUGAGAUUGCGAUUACUUUCAAACUUGUCACCUAGAGCAGCGGAAGGGAAAUCUGUGAGACUGUUGCAGAGGGCUGAAGUGAAAAGUUUUUGUUCUUUGGUGCUAGAUAGAUCUCUGGCAGAGACUCUUUUUAGGAGCUUAUGCACAGAAGAUUUUAAUAAACUUCUGUAACUCUCACUACAUGGGGAAGAAAAUUGUAUUUCCCAGUGUAAUUAGAAGUAGGACAGUAGGUUAACUUUAACAAAACUACUAAAAAACCCCCUCACUUUUGCCUCCUGCCCCUAUACAAAUACUCUUUCCUUUGAUGCUUAGGGCAUCUGGAAGAAAAAACUAGUAGAAAGAAAUUUGGGCACCCUAUUGCUACGUGUUUAAAUACAUUGCUGAAGUAGCUUGAGUGUUUUCCCAGUUCUUGUUUUCUUUCCUCCUGUCAUUCUUCGAGAUGUAUUUGGUGGCUAGGAAUGUUAAUAGGAAGUGUUGCUUCAUAAAAAUACAGAAAGCUUUCAGGACUGUUGUAGCCUAGCAUAAAUGAGCGAGGUGUAUAUGUGAAUGUAUAUAUGAAAAUAUGUGUAUAUCUUUCCAAACCUUCCAUUUCUUUAUAAAUUCAGGAAAGGUACUCAGAGGUUUCUCACUGCAUUUGCACAAGCUGUGUAUAGCAAAAAAAAAAAGUCAACAAAAAUGCUCAUUACCAGGGAAAUAGGGCAGUAUUGAAUCACAAGAUGUAUUUUUUAUUCUUCUCUGCCACUGCUUACUCAAUAACCUGUAGAUACUCUUCACUGUUCAGCUGUUGGAUGUGAAGGGCCUACAGACUGUAAAGAUAUUUAUAUUUUUGUACACAGUUUUUUGUUUUCAUAGUUUUCUUGACAAAUGAAAUUUUCAGCCUAGGAGAGAUGAUUUGUUAAUGAGUGUAUACACAAUCUUUUCCUAUCAAGUUUGUAAAUAUGAGCUAUGGUGCGCUUGAGGGGCUUCUUAACUGCUCCAAAAAGGUAAAAAACAUUGCCACAAAAACGAUAAAUUGGCGGUGCAUUUUGCUUUAUGUUUAGGAAUGUAGUCCCCUGUAGCAGCAGCAACAGCUGGGAUUCCCCCCCCCCCCCCCAAUUCCCCAUCUUUGGUGAUGCUGUAAUGCAGGGAUUUCCUCUCCCCAGCACUGAGGUUGUGCAGGUGUUGAGAGUACGUUCUUCCGAAUUUAGGGAGCAGUGUUUGUACAUGGUUCAACUGUACGCCCUGUUUAGUAAGCUGCAUCUUCUGGAUCUGUGUCUAGGUUAGAUCCACCAAGGGAUACACGUACCCUGGCUGUUUCCUCAUCUUUUUUAUGAUUUUAUAUUAUGCUGCAGAGGAGAGAAGCCCUUCAAGCUCGUUAUGCAUAAAGUUACUCCAGAGCCUACAUAAAAAAAGUUCUUCACCUGGCCAUUCUAAAUGGUGUGUUUUAAAGCAGUUACGUAAAACUAUUGCCUUUUGCAUAUUUACUACUUAAAUAUUUGAUACAAGUCCUGUAUUAGUGAUUUGGAAAAGAGAGUAUAGGUCGGCAUGAGAGUCAUGCGGGAUCUUACAGUUGUCCCUGAUUGCCUUAGAAAAGGGAAUUUACAGUAUGAAUAAGUAGCUAGACAUACGUUGCUUAUUGUUAAAGCAUUUUAACCUUAUUUUAAACCAGUGGAAAUCUGGAGUAACUAAAUUGGUUUAGUAGCACUACAUCAGACUUAAAUUUAUUUACCUGGGAAUCUGGUUCUGAGCAUUUCUAAUAGGCUGAAGCUGCUUAUUUUUUUACCUACGGCAGUUAGUUUUGCCAAUAGAUUUCAUUCCUCCUACGCGUGAAACAGCAACCGGAACCGUGCUGUGAUUCCUUUCAAAUUCCUAAUCACCGACCUUUCUUUCUGCACCUCAUCCUUCUAUGGUUCCAAGUGGCUAAUUUUAAUUACAGAAUUGCAUGCUAAUCAUACCCAAAUACUUUUUAAAAGUAUGUGUGCUUUGCACACUUCUGUGGGACAGAGAAAGCUGCAACAUGAAAACCACUCAAAUAUUAUCUAAAAUAAACGCUGUACUUUUGAGGAUGUUUUGUCCAUUAUCAAGGUAAUGGAAAAUGCCUGGAUGGAUGUAUUUACUGUUUGGCACCGGGCAGUAAGGAAUUUUACUGCAAUAAAAAUGUACUGUGUAAAGAUGACAGCAAAAAAGUUUUCGUUCCUGAACAUGAUUGCUAAAUUAACUAAGAACAGACCCCAAAUCUGGCUGCAGAAAGCGGUAGUCGGUGCAGUUCCAAGAAGGAUCUGUGGUGGGUUCUACCAGGCAACAAAGCAUGUUCCAAAUGCUCUUCAUUUCUGCUCUCCUUGUUCCACCAUCUUAUGUCUGCAGCUUAAUAUUUUGCUAUGAAUUUAAAUGCUGAAGCUCUUUUUUAUUGCUCUUUCAUCAAGCUUCCAUUGGUUUGGAACAAACCUUUUAAAAAUUAUACGUGCUGUCUUUUGAGGCAAUAAUGCAAGAAUAUGACACGUAAUGAAAAGAUGUUAGAAUCAGGAGAACAAAGGAAACCCCUGCGAGGCGCACAUUCUCACUAGACCAAGAGACCUGGAGAUUUUCUUUGUUUUUUACACAUCUGUAAAUAGACUGGAAUGUUUUUAAGAAUAUAAUGAAAUGUCAGAUUUAGCUUUUUUCCUUUUAUAUAUUAAAAUAUAUCUUUCCCUCUUUUCUGCUUUUGAAAAAUCGAUAUUUUUGUAGAAAUCUAACAGUACAGGACUCUUAAAUAACUGUAUGUGAGGGACAAAGUGUAAAACUAAAAUAAACCAAUCGAGGUCAACUAGAAA